AGCACCUGCUAGGGCGCGGAGGGCGGGGCCGAGAGCUGUACUCUGCGCGAGCGGCCGGGGUUCCAGUGAGCAAGUGCGGCGGGACGCUCCGUGCGGUUGAGCGAGCGGGCGGAGUCCUGAAGGGUUGCGGGACCUGGGCACGAUGAAACCCGAAGGGGAGCGGCCGGCGGUCGGGGUUGCGUGCGAUGGCUUCUCAGAGCUGGAGCUGCUGAAACUGCGCGCGGCGGAGCGCAUCGACGAGGCGGCUGAGCGGCUGGGGGCCCUGAGCCAAGCCAUCUGGAGCGAGCCUGAGCUGGCCUACGAGGAACACCGCGCCCACAGUGUGCUGGCGGGCUUCUUCGAGCAGGAGCCGCCGGCCGCCUCCUGGGUGGUGCAGCAGCACUAUCAGCUGCCGACCGCCUUUCGCGCAGAAUGGGAGACACCGAGUGCCACGCGGUGCGCGCUGCACUUGGGCUUCCUCUGCGAGUACGACGCGCUGCCCGGCAUCGGCCACGCCUGCGGUCACAACCUCAUAGCCGAGGUUGGGGCGGCGGCCGCUCUGGGAUUGAGGGGGGCCCUAGAGAGCUUCCCUGGGCCUCCUCCCUCGGUGAAGAUAAGUGUCCUGGGAACCCCUGCAGAAGAAGAUGGUGGAGGCAAAAUUGAUCUAAUUGAAGCAGGAGCUUUUAAAAACCUCGAUGUUGUUUUCAUGGCCCAUCCAUCCCAAGAAAAUGCUGCUUAUCUACCCGAUGUGGCCGAACAUGAUGUGACUGUGAAAUACUAUGGAAAAGCAUCUCAUGCUGCUGCUUACCCCUGGGAAGGAGUCAAUGCCUUAGAUGCUGCUGUUCUUGCCUACAACAAUUUGUCUGUGUUAAGACAGCAAAUGAAACCAACCUGGAGAGUUCAUGGUAUAAUAAAAAAUGGUGGUGUAAAACCAAAUAUCAUUCCCUCUUACUCUGAAUUAAUUUAUUACUUCCGUGCACCCUCAUUGAAAGAACUUCAAGUUUUGACCAAAAAGGCAGAAGAUUGCUUCAGAUCUGCAGCUUUGGCUACAGGGUGCACAGUAGAAAUUAAAGGUGGAGCACAUGAUUAUUACAAUGUUCUACCCAACAAGAGCCUAUGGAAAGCUUACAUGGAGAAUGGAGAAAAGCUGGGAAUAGAGUUCAUUUCAGAAGAUACAAUGCUGAAUGACACUUCAGGAUCUACCGAUUUUGGAAAUGUUUCUUUUGUGGUCCCUGGAAUUCAUCCAUAUUUUUACAUUGGAUCCAACGCCUUGAAUCAUACUGAAGAGUACACUAAAGCUGCAGGAUCACAAGAAGCUCAGUUCUACACUUUGCGAACAGCCAAGGCUCUAGCAAUGACUGCAUUGGAUGUUAUUUUUAAACCAGAAUUGCUGGAAAGAAUUAGAGAGGACUUUAAAUUAAAACUUCAGGAAGAACAAUUUUUAAAUACAGUAGAAUAAAAAGGAGACUUAGGAGUGGUUUAUGAAUCAUUAAGAAGUGAUGAUUUUUUUUCUUUAAUCUUUUUUAAUGAAGAGAACAUGCUUGUUUUUAAUCUUAAAGGAAUCAAAUUCUCCUUACCUGAUAUGUAAGAACAGGGUAUGGUGAAAACAUAUUCACUCAUAUCUAAAAUGAAAUUUUUGGGUGAAUCUAUACUUGAUGGAAUUGUGAUAUUUCAGGAGUUGAUAGGUGAUACUGCUGCUUAAGAUGGAUGGUACAUGAUGUGUCAAAAUAAUAUUGACAAAAUCUGUAUAAUAAUUUACAGAUUUAUAUAUUAUAUAUUUUAAAAGGUCCAAGAGGUUUUAAACCUUAUAUACAGAAUUGACACCCACGAAAUGGUUUUGUGGUACAGAGUAGUAAACUUAUUUAAUGUAGUUUUAAAGUUCAUGGUCUAAAUUUAGGUAAAGUUUGUUUCAAAUAUUUCUGUUUUUGCUUCAAAAAAUCUCUUCAUUUAUAAUAAAAGUAGCUUUUAAUUAGAAAUGCUUACGGGUAACAACUAGAAACUCAGAUACAAAGAAUAACUUUAGUUUUACCAUUUGAAGAAAAAUGAGAAGAAUGUUCUAGUUUUUACACAUGAUCAACUCUGGGAAGUGGCAUUAAAGUAAUUGGUAAUUCAAUAUUACAGUAAGAGGGUAAAUGUUGGAUGGUCAGGAUCGGACUCUUCCUUUAAGGCAUUUGCAUGGUAGCCCUGAGUGUUCUAGGAGAACUCCGGGAGGAGCAUUGGCUGGCACCUACUCUGCUCUCUGGAAUGUUCAGAAUCCUGCACUGCCCCUCCAGCCAGCAGCCUGCUCAGGCUCCCACUCAGAAGCCAGCUUGCCCCACCUGGCUGCACUGAAUUUUGAGCCUCCUUAAGCCUCCUGCUAGCCCAAUAUUUUUAAAAAAUUAUUACAGGUUUUCCAUGAUUCUUAUUUUAGUGUGAAUUUCUUGAACAUGCUAAAAAGAAUGUGUGAAAAAAAUAUUUGGUAAAACAGAUAUUUUAAGCUGUGAAUGCAGUAAAGCUCCAAUGUACUUUAUUUUAAAGGAAGUCCUCAGCUUUGAACAAGCAUUCCAGAAAUGGAAGGGGAAGGAGAGAAAGUGUCCAUUUGGCUUUUAUGGUAUAAUAAGCAAGUCACUUGGGCCCUCUGAGCUAUCAACUCACUUUUUGAAAAGUUAGAUCUUCUACUUACAGUCUUUUGAACCCCUAAUUCCUGCUGUAAUUAUUUAAAAUUGCAAGAGAGGUGGUUGUGUUUGGGAGAGUUAGUAGUUGAGAACUGCCUUUCUUCUGUAUAAGAGUCUGUGGGUUAUGUGCCUGAUUUUGGCAUGUAGCUGCCUUCUUUUUUUUAAAACCUGCCAAGAAUGGGUUUAUGUUUUUUAAAGGGUUGCUAAACAAAACAAAACAGAGACUAAAUAAUAUGACCUGCAAAACCUAACAUCUUUGCUGUCUGGCCUUUUACAAAAAAGGUUGCCAGCCCUGGCUGUAUAUAACAGUAAAAUAAAAUCUGUGUCUCUUUGACUUAGGUCAUAUGGUCGGAUCUUCUGGAAUAAAACUUCAUAAAGAAACCCCAUAUCUUUUAGCAAUGACUUCUAAUGCUGUGAUUAGAAAUAAUUUCUUUCUUAACCCUCACACUUCAAAGGUAUUUUCAUAAACCUUUACUUAACUGAAAUUACCAUUGGUUGGUUUUUACAACAUCAAAUUUCUAAAUAUUUUAAAAUGUAAAGAGAGAAGUGUUAACUUAUAUCUAAACAAAGUGUUCCUUUUAGAAAAGGAAAGAUUCUGUUCAUCUCCUCCUCCUUUUUUUUUUUUUUUUUUUUUUUGAGACCAGGACUCACUAACCUUGAACUUUUAGUUCUCUUGCCUCAGCCUCCCAAGUAGCUGGGUUUGAGGCAUGUAUCAUAGCACCUAGCUUUACCUCUUUAUUCUUACAAGAUGAAUGUUAAUUCUUAGGUGGUUAGCAAAUAAGACUCAUUUUUUUUUUAAAGACUGAGAGGGAGAGAGAGAGAGAGAGAGAGAGAGAGAGAGAAUUUUAAUAUUUAUUUUUUAGUUCUCGGCGGACACAACAUCUUUGUAUGUGGUGCUGAGGAUUGAACCCGGGCCGCACGCAUGCCAGGCGAGCGCGCUACCACUUGAGCCACAUCCUCAGCCCAAGACUCAUUUUUUUAAAAAAAUAUUUUGUGGUUGUAGACGGACACAAUACCUUUAUUUAUUUAUCUUUAUGUGGUGCUGAGGAUCGAACCCAGUGCCUCACCCAUGCUAGGCAAAUGCUCUACACUGAGUCACAACCCCAGCCCAAGACUCUUUUAUUUAGAAUAUUUAUAUUGUUUUUGAAGAAUGAGAUAACCAAGUUUUUGUUCAUUAGUUUCAUGACAUUUUAUUAUCACUAACACAUUCUGUGAUUAUAUAUAGUUUUCCUUCACUGCCUAUAUAUUUGAAGCUGGUGUGUGCAUAUUUUAAAUUUUAUUUUAUUUUGAUACUGGGAAUUAAACCCAGAGGUACUCUACCUUUGAGCUAUAUCCCUAGCCCCUGCCCCCUCUUUUUUUAUACCAAGGAUUGAUCCCAGGGCCAAUUAAUCACUAAGCCACAUCCUCAUCCCUUUUUAUUUUUUGAAUUUGAGACAAGACUUGCUAACUUGCUGAGGCUGACCUCGAACUUGUGAUUCUCCUCCCUCAGCCACUGGAGUAUUUAGGAUUACAGACAUGUGUCACCGUGCUUGGAUUGUUUUAAAAUUCUUAACAGUAUCUAGCAUAGUAGUUUACCUGGGAAUAUUCAGUACUUUUUGUUUUGUUUUGAUUGGAGUACUGGUGGUUGAACCCAGAGGCACCCUACCACUGAACUACAUCCCCAUACCUUUUUAAUUUUCAAAUGGGGUAUCUUUAAUUUGCUCAGGCUUCCCUUAAACAUGAUUCUCCUGCCUUCUGUCCUUUUUGAAUGAGAAAAUACUGCAUCCUUGCUUGAAAUCAUUAAAGUUUAAAAUAGCUCUGUGGAGAGAUCAUAGGUACAAAAUAUGUUUUAAUUUUGUGAACAUAGCAAUCUUUUGUACAAUCUGGAGUAGAAAUAGAUACCUUAUAUUACUUUGCUUCAGAUACAGGAAAACGAGAUUCAUUUUUGAAAAAGCUGCACUGGUUUAAUGCAAAGUUUAAAAUUAUAAGAUUUUAAAGAAUUAGUUUCUGAUCUAAAAUUAGUUUCUUGAGGUGUCUGUUUUAUGGAAAGGUCUUUUAUUGCAUGCAUUUAUAAUCUUUCAUGCUCAUACCCUACACUUUAAGCUUUUCCCUCAAAUACCAACUUUGGGCUGUGUUAAAUUAGUAUGCUUUAAAAGAUGUAAUGUAAAUUAAUGGUUUAAAUAUAAUUACAAACUGAAGAUGCUUUUGCUAUAGUGACAGUUUUAAGCAGGCUUGAAUAUGGGACCCUGUAAAACAAUUAUGUGUUAUAGGCUGAAUAUCUCUUAUCUGAAAUGCUUGGGGGCCAGAAGUGGUAUUUUGUUUUUUUGUUUUUGUUUGGUACCAAAGAUGCUUAGCCAGUGAGCCACAUUUUCAGCCGUUUUUUAUUUUUUAUUUCGAGACAAGGUCUUGCUAAGUUGCUUAAGGUGUCUCUAAAUUGAAGAGGUUGACCUUGAACUUGUGAUCUUCCUGCCUCUGUCUCCUAAAUCACUGGGAUUACAGGUGUGUGCCACCACACCCAGCCAGAAGUGUUUUGGAUUUGGGAGUUUAUUUGGAUUUUGAAAUAUUACAUAUCCAUAAUAAGAUAUCUUGGGGGAUGCCACCCAAGUUUAACCACAGAAUUUCUUCAUGUUUGCAUAUAUAUACAUACACACACACACACACACACACUUGGGCCAAAGAUAAUUUUAUAGAGUAUUUUUAGUGUGCCUGCAUUUUGACUGCAACCUGUCACAUGAAGUCAAGUGUGAAAUUUUUCACUUGUACAAUGUUGGCAUUCAGAAAGUUUGGGAUUUUGGAUCAUUUUGGGUUUUCAGAUUAGGGAUAUUCAACCUGUUUUAUUAAUUACCAAGUUGCUAUAUAAGAUUGAAUGCAGUUAGUAUUUAGCUUGUCUCUUAAAAUUUUGGGCUGCUUUUUAGUCUUGCAAAUUCUCCUUAUUUGAACCACUCAGGACAUUUUCCUCUUUUCAUUGCUUCCCUCUGUAGCACUCAGAAGUGCUGGGGCAUUUUGGAUAAACUAGAACAUUUUGUAUGUUUAUAAAUAUGUAUGUGAACUUAAAGCAUUUUGAUUUUCCACAAAGUUAUUUUCUUUGAUAUUUUAGCUUGUAAUCUUGACAUUUGAGCUCAAUAAACAUUUGUUGAAGAGUGCCUAUUUCUAAGAACUUGGUGAAAGAAUAAGACAAAGUCUCUGCUCAGAAAGCUUGCUGUUGGUGGCAAAUUCUCACUUCUUAAUUCUUUCUUCAUCUGAACAACACUGGGGCUGAAGCAACAACUGAAAGCUAUUGUCUUGGAAUUUUUUGAAAAAGUGUUUCUAAAAUAUUUUAAAAUAUCUGAGUUUCCCCAAUCUGUUUGAACAGAAGAAAUUGAUGUGCAAAAAUUUUUUUAAAAAAAGGAACGAAUGUCUUGUUUGAUAAUAUAUUCUGUAAAAAAAAAAUAUUAAAACCUUUCUGAUAGUUUUUGUGCAGUUCUAACUUUUUACCUUAAGAAGUCUUUUGGUAAAUGUCCUACAUACACCAGCCUUCGCAUUGUCAAAAUGAAUUUUCAUUAUAAGAUAAAUGUUGUCUUGGUGCUGUCUAGCAAUUUUUGUAAGGCUGCAAGCUAUGACAAAAUACUUUUUUUUUUUUUUUACUUCAAGCAUCUUGUAGUACAAUUAUGGUUGAGGGUGGUGCAUUUUGAUGUGUGAAGUUGAAAUUUUCAAGUAAGCAAUCACUCUACUACCAUCAGAUUAUGAUAAUUUUUGUAAUAUUUUAAUAUAUAUUAAAAUGUGUAUGAAAUAUAAAAUGUUAAGUAUGUUUAAUAACACUUGUUAUUUUUAAAAUGAUGUAUAUGAAAAUACAUGAAGAUAAAGCACAAUUACCCAAAUGCA